AUGGACAUCAUGGUCGAUCAGUUCGAGCACUGUGCAUCUACCAAAAUAUUCCAGAGUGCAUUCAUCUCAUUCAUCACUGCUGGUGAUCCUGACCUGGCAACCACAUCAAAAGCAUUGAAGAUUCUCAAUUCCUGCGAUUCUGAUGUUAUAGAGGUUGGUGUGCCAUACUCGGAUCCACUAGCUGAUGGACCAGUUAUUCAGGCUUCUGCAACACGGGCGCUUAAGAAAGGCACUACACUUGAUUCUGUCAUAGAGAUGCUGAAGGGGGUUACACCUGAGCUUUCUUUCCCCAUUGUUCUUUUCACAUACUAUAAUCUAAUUCUGAAACGUGGUGUGGGAAACUUCAUGUCUAUUAUCAAACAAGCUGGCAUACACCCGAAUUUGUCCAAUUGUUAUAGGUAUCUGUGAAAAUCCAUGAACAGCUUACGUGUUCAUGUCUCUCAUUUUAUGUCCUUGCAUGUCAAUAACUAUAGGUAUCUGUGUUUAUCACAUAUACAAGCUAACAAUAUACAGUUAUGGGUG